AUGGAGCGCCAAUACCUCACCUUAGCGCUGCUGCUGCUCGCGGUCACCAUCUCGACGUCCGCCGUGACCACAACGAAACACGGCACGCUCAUUAUCAGCAACGCCGACCGCAGCCUGACGGUCGACAAUUACACCAUCCACGGCAAGACCAUCGUCGACAACGAAACCAAAGCCAUCGUCAAGCCAAAGAAAAACCCCGACGGCUCGCUCACGGUGGAGGGCAAGUACACGUGGUACCCGAACGGGACCAUCGUCGCGCCUGGUGUGACUAUAGCGGUCGCCGGUAAGGCCAGCUACGUGCAAAUCGCGAAGACGAAGCUGUUCGGCAUUGACGGCGUCGCCCGGGACGCCACGACAAACAAUGUGAUCCCGUGGAUUGAGGACGACGCCGCGAAGACGUUCACUGCUGGCGACAUCACGGGCUGGUCGAACGGCACGUUCCUCGGUUCUAACGGCGUCGUGCUGCGAACGCGCCUCAGAUUCAAGCCAUCGAACGGCACCCGCGGCGGCGGGAGCACAGCCUCACCGCCACCGCCCAAGCCUGCUGCCAUGAUGCGUUCUGUGCCUUUGUUCUUCAUUGUGUUGGAUAUAUCUGCUGCUCUCGUUUCACACAGCUUUCAUUUCAUCCCGUUUCCUCUCUCCUGUUUCCCUGUUUCCGCCCCCUUUCUUUCUUCCCAGGCAGCCGCGUGCCCAUGUCCCUGA